AUGGCGCUUCCUUCAGCAUUCCAUGAAAGGCUGGAACAGAUGGAGCAGACGAGAAAUCAACGCCUCUCUCUCCUUCAGGCAGAGAAAGAGCUUCAGAAGAGUAAAUCUCAGUUAUUAGCUACAAAGAUAGCAAACAUAAGAUCAAUGGAACAGCGCUGCCUAAAACUCGACUGUAAAAUCGCUCACCAACACUUCGUCAUUUCUUCUCUCAAGUCUCAAAUCGAAAGCCUUGAUUCUGCUUACCUUCGUAAUCUCCAGAAAUUUAGGACUUUGAAAGAAGAGGUGGAAGGGUUGGAGGAGUUGGAAAAACAGAAAGAGAGCUAUUAUAGCUCACAAAGUUGUGAAAUGGAAGAGUUCAAGGCCCAAGUGGACAACUUUGUGGAUGAAUGUCAAGUCCAAGUAAAGAAACUGAGGCGCCAGGUUAAAGAGCUCAAGUCCAGUUUCUCAGAACUUCAAGGCAACCUUAUCUGUCCAAAUAAUUCUGAGAUAGCAGCGGCUGAAAAUAAAAAAUCUGAACUUCUUAUUAUGAAAGAGAAUUUGGAUAGAAAGUUGGCUUCUAAUUAUGAAGUAAAACAACAGUUGAUGAAGCAACUUGUCAGCAUACUAGAAGACCAAGUUAAAGAAAGGAAGAGGUUAUGUUAG